CCCUCGCCCCCUCCCGGCUGCGGGCGGGCAGAGGCGGCGGCGGCCCGAGCCGGGGUGGGCGGCUGAGGUGAGAACCCUGCCGGCCCCGCUGGGAAUAUGGCGACCGGUGGCUACCGGACCAGCAGCGGCCUCAGCGGCAGCACCACAGACUUCCUGGAGGAGUGGAAAGCGAAGCGCGAGAAGAUGCGCGCCAAGCAGAGCCCUCCGGGCCCGGCCGCCGCCGGCGGGGGCGGCACCGAAGCGGCCGCCAAGUCCCCCGCGGGGACGCUGGGCGCCUCGGCGACCCCCGAGCUCAACAGCAGCCUCUCGGCGGGGGCGGCCGCACCUGCUGCCCCGGGCCCCGGGGGCGUGAACUGCACGGUCGGCCCCGCCGCACUGACCCGGGCCGGCCCCGUCCCGCGGCGGCCGGAGGAGGAGACCACCGCCGCCUCCGCCUCGGGGACCCCCCUGCCCGGGGGCGACGAGGAGGAGCCGGAUGGCGCCCCCGAGAAGGGCCGGAGCUCGGGCCCCAGCGCUAGGAAAGGCAAAGGGCAGAUCGAGAAGAGGAAGCUGCGGGAGAAGCGGCGCUCCACCGGCGUGGUCCACAUCCCGGCGGCGGAGUGCUUAGAUGAAUAUGAAGAUGAUGAAGCAGGGCAGAAAGAGCGGAAAAGAGAAGAUGCAAUUACACAACAGAACACAAUGCAGAAUGAAGCUGUGAGCCUAUUAGAUCCAGGCAGUUCCUAUUUGCCACAGGAACCAUCUAGAACAGUUUCAGGCAGAUACAAAAGCACAACCUCUGAAGAUGAUGUCUCAAAUCGAUAUUCCCGGACAGACAGAAGUGGGUUUAGUAGAUACAGUAGAGAUACAAAUAUUGCAGGUAAUCUGGUCCCAAGUAGCACAUUGGAAAAGAAAAUUGAAGAUCUUGAAAAGGAAGUUGUAAGAGAAAAACAAGAAAACCUAAGACUUGUGAGACUGAUGCAGGAUAAAGAGGAAAUGAUUGGAAAACUCAAAGAAGAAAUUGAUUUGUUGAGCAGAGAUCUAGAUGACAUAGAAGAUGAAAAUGAACAGCUAAAGCAGGAAAAUAAAACUCUGUUGAAAGUUGUUGGGCAGCUGACAAGGUAGAAGAUUCAAGAUCCAAUACGGAAAAAAAUUUAAAACUACUGAUUGAGUGUUAUGGUUAAUGCUAGGAUAAUAUUCCUAUGCUGCCGUACAUUAACUAUGUAUAUUUAUUUCUAGAAAAAGGAUGAUGUUUAUUUUCAAAAUAUUUUUUUCAUUAUUACUUUGAAAAAAGUAUCAACUUUUUAUUUCACAAAUGGCAUCUUUUAGUAAUUAGAAUGAUAGGUAAUGCCUCUUUUGGUUUUCUGUGGUGUUCAAAUAAUAUAUGGUUUAAAGUCACAACUGUUUGAGUAUAUUUUAUCUGUAUUAAUGCAUUUUCUCCCUAAAAGAAUAUACAUAGUCUUUGUUUACAUGAAUUUGAAUACUUUGGGGGAAUUACCUACAAAUGCCUUAUUUCUGAUGUGUGCAACUUUAUGUGUUGAAAACUUACUUGUAAAGGUCUGUGUCUACGUCAUUUGUUCUUUCCACUUAUUCUGUGAUUUAUAGUAAUAAGUAAUCACACUAUUUUGUAUAACUAAUCUUUUAAAGGAAAGCUAUUAUAAAAAGUUACUUAAUAUCAUGUUCUACCUGGCUAAGGAUAAAUUUAAGUGAAUACUUGAAUUGUGCUAUAGUAAAUGAAAAUUUACUAUUGUGUUUGAAUACUGAAAAAAUUUUCAAUGACUAAUUUUUGAAAAACAUACAGUUGUAAUUUUAAUGUAUAAUUACUUGUGUAGGUACUACUUUUUUAUUUUUCUAAAAUUUUAAAAGUUUAUUCUUUAGUCCUUGAAAGUGGUACAAUUUCAGUGAUUAAGAAGAAAAUCCACCUUUAUAUGAUCAUAUGCAUUAAAAUCUGAACCACAAUAUUUACUCACACUUAAAACCUUUAUAUGUAUAUAUUGACAAAGCAAUAUAUGUAAACAAAAGUAGUACUGAAAUAACAUUGCCUAAUUUCUAAAUUGGAGAAACACUGUGACCCAGUUUUUCUCAUAUGAGAGAAUAUUCCCCUAUCCCAAUUUUAAGGGAUUUUUCUUCCUAACACUGAACCUUUAAAAACAAUGAUUUUUGGGGGGUGGGGGGGUUCCGGGGAUAGAACUCAGGACCUUGCACUUGCGAGGCAGGUGAUGGCACCACUGAGCUAAAUCCCCGGCCCUAAAAACAAUGAGUUUUGAAGAAUUAUUAAAAUGUUCACUUCUAUUAAAUAUCCGUAGUACUGAGGGUUUUUUCAUAUUACAUUUUCCUGUUGAAUAGGAACCCACCCCCUCUCUUAAUAUUAAAUUAAGAAAUGUCUGCCUGGUAGUGAAUCUUAGGUAGCAGUCAGUAGUGAUAUGAAUGUAUGGGUCAGUGUGUGGGAGUGGCUAGACCAUAGUAAAAUCCAUUUUGAAUACUGUGCUGACUUUUUACCUUCACUUGCAAAACUCAUUCAUUCAUUUACAUUAGAAAAAUAUGUAAGAUAAGACAAGUGAGGAAAAGUAUGGAGUAGUGCUGACAUCGGAUGUUAAAUUCUAAAAAUCUCUGCAUUCACCACUUCAGGUUUCAAAAUUGGCCAAUCAUCAGAAUCAUUUGAGGAACUUGAAAAGAAUCCCUGGCUAUAGCUGCUGAAUAGAUUUAGUUGGAAACCUAGACUUGAGAAUUUUUAAAGAUCAUCAUUUUUAAAGAAUAAUUCGGAUCAUAUAAUUUAGUUUUGGAAUCAGCUACUGUUGUAUCUUUAUUCCUGUAUUUUCUAUUGAAGGUUCUGAAAUUGACAAUUUUAGCUACUACAUUUUUCCCCCUUUAGUUUAAUAAUUAACCUCAUCUCUGGAGCAGUUUUUCUAUAUCUCACAAAAUGUUUAAUAUUAGAUUAUAGAAUUAUUGCAUAAGGGCUUUCCUCUCUGAGACUUUACCUGGCACAGGAACAGUGAGCUGCUGCCCACAGAGCAAGGUGGUAUCCCAGGCUCACUACCUUGGCUGUAAGGGAUUCAUCUCAUUUUAGUCAUCCCUGUGUAUAUUUGGCAGAAAUGUCCCUAUUACCUACUUCCUCAUUUACCCUUUGUAUGUUUGAAAAUGCUGUUAGUAUCCAGUUUUAAAAUAUAUUAGUGUAUUUUUUUCAUUAAAAGAAUUAGUUCCAGUUUUCUGUUUAAUUCAUAUAUAAAGGAACAUUUUACUUUUAAAAAUUAUGUCAGUUAUGGACAUUUGUAAAGACUGAAUUGUUUUAUAAUUUUUUCCCUUUCUUUGAUUUAUUGAGAAUAUUUACAGCAGUGAUUUUGCUUUUUUAAUACAAUGAUAUCAAUAGCAAAUACAUUAGCUUGACAAUUUAAGGAAAGCAUUUAUAACAGUCUCCUCCACCUCCUUAAAACAUGCAGAUUUUUUGUUUCACAUACAGAUUUUUUUCACUGACUAUUGAAAAAUGCAGCAUCAUCUGCUAUAAUUUCCCCUUAAAGUUUAUUGAAAAUAUAUUUUUAAAAGAUAACAUCCUAGGGCUGGGGAUUUAGCUCAGUGGUUCCGCCGCCUGCCUCACAAGCACAAGGUCCUGAAUUCGAUCCCCAGUACCCCCCCAAAAAAUAAAUAAAAGAUAACACCCUAGAAAACUUAGCUAUUUCUGAUACAGUACAGGUAUUUGUGACAGUCCUAUUAAGAAAUACUGUUUUUUAUAUCUCAUGGGAAAUUGUGACAUAAAACACAUCCACAGUUGUAUUCAUGACAUUUAAAAUUCCUAUGUUUACAGUGAAAAUGACUUCCCUCCCCAUUCUGAUAUGAAUUAUCUUGAAAUUUUCUGUAGUGUUCUUUAUUUCAUUUUUUCUAGGAUUAUUAAUCUGUUGUAAUAUAGUUAUUAUUAGAAAGGAAGAACAUAUGUGGGAUGUGUAUUUUUAACUAACCUAAAUCAGAUUAGUAUUCUCACAAUAGUUCAAGUAGUUUAAAAUAUAGAAAAUUAAGUGUCAGGCAGGUAAAUGAAACAAUUUUUUUUUCCUUCAUAAAUUUAAAUUUUUAAAGUUAUGGUAGAAGCAAUAUAUAUUAACAUGAAAAACCUACCUCAGUUAUAUGUGGUUUGUGUUUUCUGGAGUAAUAUGGAUUUUUAUAAUUAGAAAAUUAAUAUGUAAAAGUUUGAGUCCACCUUUAAUUUUUGAAAACAAUGUAAGUCAGUGUAAUAGAACCAUCCAUAUGCUCGACUCCAUAAGACAAAACAGUAAAGACCUUGGACCUGAUAAUUGAUGUGCUAAAUAAUCUUCACAUGUACAAUGGUAGUUAUUUUUCUUGGUUAAGUUUUAUAAUUGUGAAUCAGUGACUAUUAAGUUACAUGUUGUAUUGGCAGUUACUCAUGAUUUUGUUAAAUGUUUCCAAGAUUGAGGCAUAUAUUUUCAUUCUUUCAUGCGGUUUCUCGUGUGGAACCAAACACAACAGCCUUUCAUUAAAAGAAAUACAUUAAAUGAAAGAGAAUUGGCAUUCAAGAAUCAGAACUUUAAAAUAGUAAGUUAAAACUAAUGUUAAACGUUUUCAUAUUAUAUGUGUACCAGUCCUAAUGUGUAACGAUAAAGCUUGACUUCUUUUGCAUUAGAACUGUACUUAUGGAGGACAUCCCAUUGAUGAGAAUCUUAAUUUAGGGCCAGGGAUUUAGCGCAGUGGUUCCGGUGCCUGUUUGAAAGAGCAAGGUCCUGAGUUUGAUCCCUCGUACCAAAAAAAAAAGGAAAAGGAGAAUCUUAAUUUAAAUUAUUUAUCUAAGAACUAGUAUUUUUUUCCAUUAAACUCAAGCACGUAUAUAAAAAGGCAUCUCCUUCCUAUAUUGUUCAAUUUCUUUUGAUGUACGGAGGUGGGUUCUCAGUUUAAAGACUUGAACCUUAUAUAAAAAAACCUGAGCCCAUAUUGUUUUCUGUUUUUCUUAGCUAAAUCUCAUAAAUUCAUACCCUCACCCCCAUAUAAUUAUAUGUAUGUGACAGUAUGUAUAUGGGGGUUAUAUUAAAUUUUCAUACCUUAUUUCAACAAAUAUUUAUUAAUCAUGUGGGUAUACUGUUACAGGUAUUAUGGAAGUUUUGAAUAAAUGGCCAUGGACCAGCGCUUCUAUUUAGCAGUGUAUCAAUAACAAAAUGUAGCAGUAGUCAUUAGCUGCCUACUCUGAUUCCCUCAAAAGUACUUUUUGUAUUAAUUAUCCAGCCAUUGUAUUUCAGAUCUAGUUAAUAGGUACUGUUUAGUUUGCUGCAACAUUUACUGAACAAUGGAAGGGAGGAGUUGACGUAUAUUAGGAAAUACCAUAUUUAAACAAUAUGCAUUAGGAAAAGGACAUUAUUAAGGAAUUUAUAGCAGUAGUGAAGUAACAAGAAUUCAAUGUAUGUUAGAUGCACCAAGCUAUUCAUGAUUUUUAUAUGUGUUUCAAAUUAAUAUUUCUGUAUGCAUUAUUACUGGGGUUUUUUUUAGGUAAUUAAGCCUCCUCUAAUCUAAAGUUUAUGUACUGACAGUUUCUCUGGUAGUAAUACCAUGUUAGUGAUGAUUACUUGAUGGAUAUUGAUUAAAUACCUGUGUUUUGUUUUGUUUUCCCCUCUGGAUCCCUGAUGAGGUGUAUGUUACAUUUCAGUGAACCUUUUUUUUGUGUGAACAUUUGGCUAUGCAAUGUGGAGUUUUUAUUUCCACAAGUUUUGUUUUUCUAAAUUUAAGAAGUAGCUAUUGCUAUCAGCAAAGACCAUAUGAAAGCUAAAACUUAUUCUUUUGUUGAAAAAUCAGCUCAUUCAGAUAACCCACGUAUUUGUGGAAAAACUUCUGGAUAAUUUAUUGAACUCAUUAGUAUUGUGUAGACAGCUUUGGUCAUUCCCAUUGCAUAGGUUUUAUGGAAUAGUCAACUUCAUAUGGAUUCACUUUUAAUGUGCUUGGCAUGUAAAAAAUAAACACUCAAUAAAAAGUAAGUUUUCAUUUAUUUUUCAA